AUGGCUCCGAUAUGGAGCUUCGUCACCUCUCUCUCCAAGCAAUACCGAGUCUUGGCGACUUCUGAACACUUUGCCGGCACAACCUCUCUUGAUUCGGCGGCCAACUCCCGUCAAACGCCGCCGAGUAUUGGGCAAAUCCUCUUGUCAAAGAGACUUCGAUAUAUCGGGACCGCCAUAUCUGCCAUUGGCCUCUUUGUGCUGGCCUCUCGAAAUUACGAAUCCUUGCCGUCCUUGGAAAUUCUCAAGUCCAGCUAUGGCGUUGAUGCCUCGUCCCCUGAGCCGUUUUGCCCCGUGCCAGCGGUGCCCUUGACCGUUGAUAAGAAGAAUGUUGACUGGUCCAAGUUCGCCUACACGCAAUAUGUCACAAACCUCUCCUAUCUGUGCAAUUCAGUCAUGAUCUUUGAGACGUUAUUUCGCUUGGGGAGCCAGGCCGAUCGGGUAAUGAUGUACCCUGCAGAUAUGAUGCAUCCCCAGGCGACUGCGAGCGAAGCCACGACGGAAGAAGCACGGCUUCUUAUCAAGGCGAGGGACAGCUAUAUGGUAAAGCUGCAACCCGUAGAGAUCCAACGCCGAGAUGGAAUGGACUGCAAGUCUCCCGGAAAACAAGCCCAUUUCCACUACAUGACAACUUGGGCAGAGUCGUUUACCAAGCUGCUUGCCUUCAACCAGACCCAGUACGAACGAGUCCUGAAUGUCGACUCUGACUCCACGAUCCUGCAGACCAUGGACGAGUUGUUCCUCCUGCCGCCGUGUCCGGUAGCGAUGCCGAAAGCAUACUGGCUGCUUCCAGACUCGAAUAUCUUGUCCUCGCAGCUUCUGCUAGUCCAGCCGAGUGCAGCCGAAUUCGAUCGUGUCAUGAACAAAAUAGCGGAGGCGGGGUCCAAUGACUACGAUAUGGAGAUUGUUAACCAAAUAUACAUCAAAGAGGCCAUGAUUUUGCCGCAUCGUCCAUACGACCUGUUGACUGGCGAGUUUCGCAGCGGGAAUCACGUCAAAUAUCUCGGCACCGAAAAUGAAGAAUGGGAUCCUGUAUAUGUGUUCAACGAGGCUAAGUUCCUACACUUUUCAGACUGGCCAAUCCCGAAGCCAUGGAUACCAAUGAAGGAGAAAGAACGUGAAGAGCAUCAGCCAAAGUGCAUAGAAAAUAACGGUAUAGAAGACUGCUCUGACAGAGAGCUUUGGAAUGGGUUUUACACAGACUUUGCUCAACGUCGAAAGGUGGGUAGCGCGCUUGCUUUCAUUGUCUAA